CUGCGCUCCUGUCUCCCCGCGCUGGCUGCCAUUUUAGCAAGAAAGCUAUACUCAUUUUGCUCCCUCAGAACAGACCCAGCAGACCCAUCGAGUGCUAAGCGUUGAUCAUGUUGCCUUUUGGGUCCAGUUUGAUUCAUUGUAAUCUGCCCUUUUGCUUGCGAUGGGUGGGUGCCCGUGUGGAGAGAGAAUUUCAAGAAUAACGUAUGUAGAGAUUGCCUCUGUCGUGGGAUUAAUGUGAUGGAGCCUGACAGGUUGAAUUCUCCGGACACUUCUGUAAUCACUAUUGACAUUCUGGGUCACCAACUGCAAUUUGCUCAGGAUCCAAAUUCAAAGCACUUAGGAACAACAGUUUGGGAUGCAUCAAUGGUGCUCGUCAAGUAUUUGGAAAAGAAUUCUCGAAGGGGAAGAUUCUGCCCAUCUAAGCUCAAAGGAAAGCGUGUCAUUGAGCUUGGAGCAGGUUGUGGGGUAGCUGGGUUUGGCAUGGCACUGCUAGGGUGUGACGUAGUCACAACAGAUCAAGCUGAGGUUUUACCACUACUAAGGAGAAAUGUGGAACGGAAUACUUCAAGGAUCCUCCAGAUGAAUCCAGAUUCAUUUGGUUCAAUUCAGGUAGCUGAAUUGGACUGGGGAAACAUGGAGCAUGCAAAGGCUGUUCAUCCUCCUUUUGACUUUAUCAUUGGCACAGAUGUCGUUUAUGCAGAGCAUCUCCUGGAACCACUGCUGGAGACAAUAUGUGCAUUAUCAGGACCUAGAACCUGUAUCUUGUUGGGUUAUGAGAUGCGAUCCACAAGCGUGCAUGAGCAAAUGAUGCAGAUGUGGAAGGGAAGCUUUGAUUUGAAACCCAUUCCAAAAUCCAAGAUGCACGGUAAGUACCAACAUCCUAGUAUUCAACUUUUUAUGAUGGGGUCAAAGUCCACAGACAGAAAUGCGGGAGAGACGACUCGGAGGGUGGAGAACACGGAUGAAACAACUCAAAGCGUCGGGACUUCAGAUGAGAGGACAAGGUUUGACCAGAAGAUCAGUGAAGAUGAUACAGCAGAACCUCAAAUGGACUGGAAUAGUGGGGAUAACAAUCUCUCUGAUGAUCCUACUAGUGAAAGAUUCGAGGACGGUGUUGAAUUACUGGCGAAACUCAAGAACGGCGAUCUUAGUGAAUGGGAAGCAAGAAGGUAUGGGUCAAUGGCUGCUCGUCUUCUUCGUGAUGUAAAAAUAAUGUAGAGAUUCUUAAGAUAGUAUUACCGGUACUUAUAAAUGGGUGAAGUUUAUCACAGCACCUAGAGAUCUGGUUAGAUUUAGAUGGUGGUUAUAUUUGCCACAUAUAGAAACAACCUAUCAUCGUCCAGAAACUGGUUCAUGGAAGUCCCUUUCUAUCAGUCGACCUGCUCUAAAUUGAUGGUUAAUCUGGCCA